UCUUUAAACCUUGUUUAUGAUCAAGAAAUCCGAUUAUGUUAGCCAUGAACAAAAACUUUCUAAGAUAUUUUUUAUUUUUUGCGGUUCUCUUGCUAAGUUUUUCCAAUGUCACUCACCAAUAUGCUUGCACCAAUGAAGCUGCAAUAAGCUUACCAUUUUGUAAUACAUCUAUGUCUUACAAAGACAGAGCCACUGACCUAGUUGCACGCCUUACACUUCAAGAGAAGGUUCACCAGCUUGUAAAUAAGGCUACCGGUGUACCAAGGCUUAAUGUUCCUGCAUACCAGUGGUGGAAUGAAGCACUUCACGGUGUCGGAAAAUGUUGGGGAGUGUCUUUCAAUUCAACUGUUCGAGGUGCAACAAGUUUCCCGGCAGUAAUUUUAUCUGCUGCAAGUUUCAACUCCACACUAUGGUAUGAAAUGGGGAGUGUGGUUUCCACUGAAGCAAGGGCAAUGUAUAAUCUACGUCUUGCGGGGUUAACAUACUGGAGUCCUAAUGUUAACGUCUUUAGAGAUCCUAGAUGGGGUAGAGGGCAAGAGACUGCAGGCGAGGACCCGUUCGUUGUGUCAAAGUACGGAGUGAAUUAUGUUCGUGGACUUCAAGAGAUAGGUGCAAACGGGGGAAAUGUCACAAGUAAUGCACUUAAGGUCUCCAGUUGUUGCAAGCACUACACUGCUUAUGAUGUUGAUAACUGGAAAGGAGCAGAUCGCUAUUACUUUGAUGCGAAGGUGACUUUGCAAGAUAUGGAGGAUACGUAUCAGCCGCCAUUCAAGAGUUGUGUCAUUGAAGGACAUGUUAGCAGUGUGAUGUGUUCAUACAAUAAGGUGAAUGGUGUUCCUACUUGUGCCAAUGCAGAUCUUCUUAAAGGAGUCAUAAGAGAUCAAUGGGGCCUUGAUGGGUAUAUUGUUUCUGACUGCGACUCGGUUAAAGUCUACAACAACUUGACACAUUACACUGCAACUCCUGAAGAUGCUGUCGCUUUGGCUCUAAAAGCAGGUUUAGACAUGAAUUGUGGUGAUUUUUUAAGUAACUUCACAGAAAAUACAGUUAAACAAGGAAAAGUUUCAGAAUCUGUUGUAGACCAAGCUCUGGUAAACAAUUAUGCAGUCUUAAUGAGAUUAGGCUUCUUUAACGGCGACCCUGCUAAGCUCCCUUUUGGUGAACUAGGAGCGGCGGACGUAUGUUCCGAGGAUCAUCAAAAUUUAGCUCUUGAAGCAGCUAAACAAGGGAUGGUUUUGUUUCACAAUCAUAAUGGAAGCCUUCCUUUGAAUCCUAAAACUACAAAAACUCUAGCAGUUAUAGGACCAAAUGCUAAUGCUACUGAAGUUAUGAUAAGUAAUUACGCGGGCGUCCCUUGUAAGUACAUUAGUCCUCUUCAAGGGCUUCAAAAGUAUGCGACGGUGACUUACGAGCCAGGGUGUGCCAAUGUUAGUUGUAGUAAUGGAAGUCUGAUAGAAAAUGCUGCAAAUGCUGCAUCAGAAAGUGAUGCAGUUGUGAUAGUAGUGGGACUUGAUCAGUCUAUUGAAGCUGAAGAGCUGGAUAGAGUGAACCUGACAUUGCCUGGAUUACAAGAGAAACUUGUUAUGGAUGUGGCUAAUUCAGCGUGCGGUCCGGUGGUUCUUGUUAUUAUGUCAGGGGGUCCAAUUGAUGUCUCAUUUGUGAAAAAUGUGAGUAAAAUAGUAGGAAUUUUGUGGGUUGGUUAUCCUGGUCAAUCUGGAGGAGAGGCCAUUGCUCAAGUCAUAUUUGGUGACUACAAUCCAGGUGGAAGGUCGCCAUUUACGUGGUACCCGCAAGAAUACGUUGAUCAAGUACCAAUGACAGAUAUGAACAUGAGAGCAAACACAACCCGGAGCUUCCCUGGACGAACCUACCGGUUUUACACUGGUCCAACCUUGUACAACUUUGGGCAUGGACUAAGUUACUCUAUUUUCUCCAGUAUUGUCAAAUCAGCUCCUAAGGCAAUACAGAUACCACUGCAGAAAUCUCAAAGCAUUCUUGCACCCAACAGUACUAAUCUAUCUGAAUUCAGCUCAGGAGAAGCUAUUGACAUCUCAAAAGUGAAUUGCCAGGCUCUACAGUUCGAUAUCGAGGUUUUUGUGAAGAAUCGCGGCCAAAGGAACGGAAGCCAUGUAGUGUUAAUCUUUUGGAAACCACCAUCGUCAGAAAAGGUGGUUGGGCUUCCUAAAAUGGGGUUGAUAGGUUUUGAAAGGGUGGAAGUAGUGACAGGCAAAAAAGAAAGUGUGAAGAUCAAAGUUGAUGUAUGCAAGGAUUUGAGUGUUGCUGAUGCAGAUGGGAAACGGAAAAUGAUAUUAGGUAAACACACAUUACUUGUUGGGUCUUCAAGUGAUAAACAAGUUGGGCAUAAUUUUUAUGUCAGAGUGAGCAAAUGCGAAGGGGAAAAUUUCAUAUUUCAGCAACACUUGAGUGCUAGUAAGAGUUUGAUUUGUUAAGCUAAAUAAAUUGACAGGACAGGAGUUAUGUUUUGUACUGAUGUAUUUAGUAGUGUCUAAUAGAGCUAAGUUUGGUUUUAUCAGUAGUGUAAGUGUAGUGGCAGGAAAUCCCACAACUACACCCUAAUGAUAAACUAUGAAGUAAUCUGA